AUGAAUUCUUGCAAAAACCGUGGUUCAGAGCUUUAUAAAAGUUGUUUUGAUAGGGUCUUACAAAAACCUAGUCCAGAGCUUGCAAAAUUCACCGGAAACUUGUCAAUUACCAAGAUGAAGAAGGCUUUAAUGUCACUUCUUUCAAGCUUGAACCGCCAAAGGUUUAGGAUAUCUGCUCCUCUCCUCUCGAGAAAUUAUUCUCCAUCGACAUUGUCUUCUUCUUCACCGCUUCACUCAACGGGCACUCGCAUGAUUCAAUCCCCUGCCAAAAUCCAUUCCUCAAUCUUCCAACCCCACCGAUUCCAAACAAACCCGCUUCGUAAACUCGGUACCCUUGCGGAAAACCCAAUCCAAUCGUCCUCGAAACCAAGGGAGAAAUCUGAUCUUGUGGAAGUUUUCGAAUCUGCUAAAACCACUGAAGAGAUGAUCAGAGUUUUCACAUAUAUGGAAGGCUGUUUUGAUAAGAGAGAGCUUGCGAUAGCUUCGUUGAAAAUAGGACGCAAACUCGAACGAGAAGGUGAAGACCCGGAAACGAUUUGCCCUUUUGCGGAAAAAGCAAUCGACUUAUUGCGUGAACAUGGAGAAGUUUCAAUACUUGUUGUCAUGACUUAUCAGUUGUUUGGGUAUUUUUUUCACGCUGUAGAAAAAUUUCAUCAUCACAGCAUAGCGUCUUUUAAUAAGGGUAUUAAGUUACUUGAGUGGAUAAAGAAAGAGGGUCUUACUGAGGAUAUCAGCGCUAUGCAUCGUGCACUGCACACGGAGGAGUUUGUGAGUGAUGCUGAGCAUUCGCGUUACAGAAACUGGGUCAAAGUCUUGAAGAGUUGGGGCGUUGGUUCCGAGUCGAUUCGUGCCGAUAUCAUAGCCGUCGAUAAGCAGAUCAAGUGGGGGAGGUACGAUGAGGCGGUUUACGAUUUGGCACGUAUAGUUAAGCGGACGGAAGAAGACAGUGAGGAUCGAGCUCUAACGUCUGUUUUGAUGGGAAAGGCUCUGUUUCGUCGGGGAAAUAUUGAUGAUUCGAACAAGUGGUUUGAGGUUGCUUGUGGGAUUCUUGACAAGAAAGCCAGAGCUUUUCCGAUUGAAGUUUGUACAGCAUACUAUGAGAUGACAAACCUAUAUGACAGUAUCAACGAGCCUGCUGCGGUUCCAUCUUUAUUGAGGUACAAGGUAUAUGAUUUACUCACCAUGAUCGAGCUUCGAAUGGAACUUACCCGAAUCUAUACAGACCAUAUCAAAGGCUUAAAGCAAGAAUCGAACGAGCCACCCCCGUAGAGGAAGUCUGUCGAGGAAAGCCAUCCACGCAAUGAGACUGUAUUUGGGAAUAAGAAGAGGAAACCAAAGCAAUGAAUGCCAAUGGACUUUAGGAUUUUUCACUCGGAUGUCAUUCCAAAGGUCAUUAACGUUCUUGGAGACCGAAGGCAGAAAAGUGGAAGCUUCAGCCCUUAGCAUCAGAAUUUAAUUAAAACUCCAACUCAUAUUGGAUUUAACAGGGACAGACCAGAAUUUGCUUAAGAUAUUGAAUUUGAUUGUAUAUAGAAUACAAAUAUAUAUGUAUUAUGUUAUUAAAGUGUGUGGUUAAUGAA